AUGGUGUCUACCGACGCUCACGACAUCAUCCGCGAAAUGGGGUCGACACGACCAACACCCGGUCAAAGUCGCCUGGAGCCCCAACAGGGGCCCUAUAAUAUUCAGAACCGUGAUCAUGGACCCUCGUCACUUGAUCUACCCACAGGAUCCAUGGACCUUUCUCAAACCGACCUCUCGUCGAUUUUCAAUGGCAUGACGCCUUCUGCAGGUUUUGAUUUUCCAACCGAUUUGUGGUUCCAGGGUUCCAGCCCAUUGUCGUGGAAUGUGCUGGCGAUGGAACUCAGUCCUGAGACGGAGAGGUCGAAAGUCGGACCCACUACAGUGUACGGUGCCAGCCCUUAUGCGAGUUGCCCGCUUUUUCAUGAUUUGGACGAUGGAAAGAAUUCGUCAGCGAAGUCCAUGUUGCCAACAUGCAACUUCUUGCAGGACAGUUGCAGCUGGACACAGAUCCAAGAGGCGUCCGUAAGACGAUCAAAGAAUGACAUUCGCUCGGUCCCAGCAAUCAAUCAUCAAGUCAGGGACGCCCUCGUCGCCAUGACUCAUAUCACCCUAUUUAAGACGCUAGAGACUGCCAGCGUCAGGACUGUUCCAAUGACCUUUCCUCCGCUGGAGACUAUGCAGUGUCUUUUCAAGUCAUGUUGGACCGGGUUUGCCCGACUUUAUCCGGUAAUCCAUCCCAAGACAUUCGAUACAGUCGCAGAAAGAGGACGUACAGGUGUGACUUUCCCAAUCUUCUUACAGAAUGUCAUGAUCCUUGGUGCCUUGCUCCUUCCCGUAAAAGAAGGUCAGGCAUUUGCGAACGACCUUGGGUAUCUCGUUCGACAAACGAUGCAUGAAACCAUGACGCAGGAUGUUUUGACCACCGAUGAUGUCUGGAUGUUGAGCUCGAUGAUCAUUGUCACCGUUGCCGGUGCAUGGUCAGGAAAUAAGGUGCACGUAGAACUUGCAGAGGCGUAUCGUGGCAUUUAUACUGUGAUGUUCAAUCGACGAGGCUAUCUGAAACCUCAACUAGACCAAGGUGACAGUAAUGACGAUGGAGAUUCAUGGCUGAAAUGGAUCAAUCGUGAGCGCAAACGAAGGCAAGUCCCAACACAGUUGCUUUGCUACAUUUGGUAUAUCGUUGAGCAAGAACUGAGUUUCUUCGACUGCAUUAUCUCACAUAUCUCCUACACGGUUAUGCGCAGUCCGAUGCCCUGUCCGGACGAUGAAUUCUUCAGUGAGACGGAAGCAGAAUGGCUUGCAGCACGGCAAACUCGGUUGAAACAUGAGACGGAAUCCAACACAAUCCGACCCCCAUCCCUCGCAGCUUUGUACUGGCUCUUUGUCCGCGAUGACUUCCUCCAUCUGGAUGUGGAAAUCACACCUCUCCAGCUACGACUACUGCAGUGUGCUAUUCAGGAACAAAUUCUUCAACACUCUCAAUCAGUCCGAUUUAUGAAUGUGGAUAAGGCCUACCCAAAUCUGCCCUCAGGUGCGUCGACUGUUUCGCGGUCGACAGCUUGCGCGCAGCUCCGGCUCGAGGAGAUUCAUAGCCUCCUGGUCCGGUGGUUCAUUUUGAGCAAGAGGAUCCAAGUAUCCGUCUUCUCCUCCGAAAUCUCGGUGGCCUGUCAUUUGAUGCACCAUUUGAUCAGCAUGGAGCUCUAUAUCUGCUUCGAGGACGUACAAUGUCUCGCAGGAAAAGACGGCUUAGAAGUCGGACAGGUCUUGGUCCCUCAAUUCGUUCGCUGGGCAAAGUCGCCUUCCUGCCUUAAAGCGAUUUCGCACGCCGGCGAAGUCAUCAAAAUCUUGCAGUCGUCGAUGAUAGGAGAACACAAUAACCAACUCCGGCCACUCUGGUGGCCAGUGGCAUUGACAAGGGCUACUCUAGUGCUGUGGAGCUACGGGAUAUCGGACCAUAUUGCGACUCGCCAUGACGUAGCGACUGAAGGGUCGGCAGUUGAAUCUCUACGUCUCAUAUCUGUGAACGACGUGAACGAACAGUCGGGACCAUAUGGCAAGGUCGUCCAAAUUGGAGAAGGACAACCUUGUCUGUCUAACGCCUCUGGACUGAUGAUUCCCAUCAACCAUGUGUCAAAGAUGCUUGAUGUGGCCCUCGAGAUAUUGGAGGACGCUAAGCCAGAGAGCACGCCGUUAUCCGAAAGCAUACUACGAUUCAUCCAAGAGAUUCAACGUUGCGGGAUCCCAUACUGA